AUCGCAUUUAAAUUUCGGCCGCUCCGGUACGACGUCAGUACGUGUUCCCGUGCUGGUUUGUGUGUGUGUGCGUGUGUGUUGGGUUCUUGUCUUGCAUGGGACGACUUUGAAUUGAGAGAGAAAUGAUGCUGAUACCCAUACUACUGCUGGUGGUUGCAGGUCUUGCUCAAUCCGAAACGUUGUACAAAGAAGUCGUAGCUGAUAAUUCCACUGAAGUCCAAUUAGAGUAUGUGCUGUUGGACGGUGAGAACCCUUGCAAGAGAAAAUGCAUCAAGGGCGCCGCCCCCAUGGUAUGUCGGUACACCUUCGAGGUUGAAUGGUACGAAACGUUGACCAAGGCCUGUUACGACUGUCCUAUUGUGGCUGACGACUGCUUCAAGCCGGAUUGUGUACCGGCUGAUGGGUAUCGACGUCCCAUUCUUGUGGUCAAUCGUAAAAUGCCGGGUCCUUCCAUAGAAGUCUGCGAAGGGGAUCAAGUAAUAGUGGACGUCGUCAACGAGCUUACAAGCGAAACAACGACGAUCCACUGGCACGGCCAACACCAGAAAGGUUACCCCUACAUGGAUGGUGUCCCUUAUGUGUCCCAGUGUCCGAUUAUGCCCGGUUCAACGUUCAGGUACGACUUCAAGGCCGUGAAUCCCGGAACCCACUUCUGGCACUCCCACAGCGGCGUACAAAGGGCCGACGGUGCUUUUGGGGCGCUGAUUGUGCGCCAACCCGCCGAAGAUGAUGCCCACGCCGGCCUCUACGACAACGACAACUCGCUGAUGACGAUCAUCGACUGGGACGCCGAAAUAGGGAUGAAGAAGUUCGUCUCCCAUCACCACAGCAUUGGCGACAACAAACCGUCAACGUUGUUGAUCAACGGCCUGGGGCUGCCUGUCAAUAGCCAACCUAGUGUUGAGGGAGCCCUAAAUUUGACCGCCAGGUUCUUCGUCAAUCAGGGGGAAAGGUACAGGUUUAGGUUGAUCAACGCAGGUUUCCUAAACUGUCCAAUAGAAAUGUCCAUUGAUAAUCACACCAUUGCUGUUAUCAGCAGUGACGGAAGCGAUUUUAAACCAAUUAAUGCCACGUCUUUGGUGACCUACGCAGGGGAACGUUUCGAUUUCAUAUUGAAUGCUGAUCAGGCAGCUGGAUUGUACUGGAUCCGCUUCCGGGGUCUCAUGGACUGCGACGAGAGGUUCACCAGCGCCCACCAGGUGGCAGUUUUGCAUUACAAGGAGGCUGACAGCUCCGAGUCGGAGUUUCCGGAGGGUGAUCCCAGCUAUGAGACUUCUCACAACGAAGGAGUGCAAGUGAAUGCUCUGAACAAAGGCACCGAAGACAACAUCACUGAACACGUGCCCGUCCCCCGUUUCGAGUCGCUGAAACCGUGGGACGAGACGCUGCGUACGAAGCCCGACCUCCAGUUCUACAUCGCUUACGACUUUUACAGACUGAACAACCCUCACUUCCACAAGUUCCCCGAGUACGGCUUCUACAACGUGAGUCAGCCGAAUCGAGUGCUCACACCGCAGAUCAACCAUAUCUCGAUGAAGUUCCCCAACUUCGCUGUGAUGCCGCAGAGGGAUCAGGUCAAGGAUUCGAUGUUUUGUAACCAGAGCACCGUCUCCAACUGCGUGGAGGAGUUUUGCGAGUGUCUCCACGUCAUGCAGAUCCCUCUCGGUGCUGUCGUGGAACUGGUUCUGGUGGACGAAGGAUUCGCCUACAACGCCAACCACCCCCUGCACUUGCACGGCUACGCGUUCAGGGUGGUGGCGAUGGAACGUCUGGGGGAGAACACCACCGUCGCCGAGAUAAAGGACCGGGACGCGAGGGGUUUGAUCAAACGCAACCUCCUCGACGCCCCACUGAAAGACACCGUCACCGUUCCGGACGGUGGAUACACCAUUGUCAGAUUUGUUGCUAAUAAUCCAGGUUAUUGGAUUUUCCACUGCCAUAUAGAGUUCCACGUGGAGUUGGGCAUGGCGUUGAUUUUCAAAGUGGGGGAGCACGACGACAUGUUGCCUGUUCCUAAAAAUUUCCAAAAAUGCGGCGACUACAUGCCCUCACAAAAUGACGAGUCAGAAAACAACUCUUCACCCUCUGUCCCACCUAAAUUAGCUUUACCAUUUGGACUGAUUUAUUUGUGUAUAUGCUUGUUAAAUAUUUUAUUUGUUAAAUGAAAUUAAAUGCUUAUUUACUUAAUUAAUUAAUUGGACAUUUAUUUUUUAAAUUGUACAUAAUUUUUUUAGUUUGGACAAUUAUAGUUGUGAUAACUUUGAUAAAAUUGGUUGUGUAAAAGUUUAAUUUAUAAUUAUUAUGUGAUAUUAUUGUUAAGAA